GGAGCCCCCACCCUGUCCUGGCUGCAGACCGAUAACAGAGGAGGGAAACAACACCACCACUUCUCAGCACGUUUCCUCCACGCAGGGACUGAAUCAUUGCUUCAACUCGUUCACUCUCCAUCCGUCUCUGCGUUGAUGUGUUCAUUCAAAAUGGUUGACUGACACCUUUUAAUGCACGUGUUCACACAUUGACGGUGCCUGCUGUGAAUCCGACUACGACCUCGGCUGUGAAAGUGGUUUCACUCUGCAGCUGCAAUGCUCUCCAAGAGGGAGAAAGAUCUCAUUGCAGAAGUAUGGACGAAACUGAUUCCUGUGGCAGAAGAUAUCGGGUCCGAUGCGCUUACUAGGAUGUUUGCCACCUUCCCAGGCACCAAGACGUACUUCUCCCACCUGGACAUCAGCCCUCGCUCCGCUCACCUGCUCUCUCACGGGGAGAAGAUCGUUCUGGCCAUAGCGGAGGGAGCCCAGGACAUCGACCAGCUGGCCAUCAGCCUGGCUCCCCUGCAGACCUUGCACGCCUACCAGCUCCGGAUAGACCCCACCAACUUCAAGCUCUUCUCCCACUGUAUGCUCGUCGCUCUGGCCGCUCACAUGGGCGACGACUUCACGCCGGUCGUGCACGCGGCCAUCGACAAGUACCUGUCGGCCUUCGCAGCCGUGCUCGCCGAGAAAUACAGAUGAGACCCCGGCCACGUUGUUUUUUUGUUUGUUUGUUUUUUAUUUAGGGAGUAUACAAACUAUUUAUAAUGCAAAAUGAUGUGAAGUAUUUAUAUAUGUGUGAAUGUUACAAUGCAAUGUUUUGUAAUAAUAAAAGAUGUGCAAUAAACGCC